AUUUUUGGGCAAGAGUGACAUACUGACAUUCAUUCGCCUAGAUCUCCGCGUCCCUAUUUCUCCGGCGUCUCCGCCGAAGCCCUUGUCUUCCUCUCCGAACCCAUUUCUAAACCCUCGACGGGAGCUUGCCGGCGAAGCGAAGGACCGUGCACUUUCUGUUUGCAUAAAUCCCGUAGUAAAUCCGCUGAAUCACGAAAACGGAGUUAAAUUCAAUAUUAACAUGCAAUGGAGAGUCGCUCAACAUUGUUUUUUUGGAAGUUGGAUAUUCAUUGGCAACUUGAGUAACCUUUGAAGCUGGGUUUUGCUUAAACUCACAACCCACAUGGACGAAGAGAAUAUGUUCGAUCUUCUUCAACGCUAUCGUCGUGAUCGUCAUGUGCUUCUAAAUUUCAUUCUAUCGGGUAGUUUGAUUAAGAAAGUUGUAUUGCCGCCUGGCGCUGUGUCCUUGGAGGAUGUGGAUAUAGAUCAAGUCAGUGUUGAUUAUGCUAUAAACUGUGUUAGAAAGGGUGAAAUACUUGACCUUGCAGAGGCCAUUAGAGUUUAUCAUGACAGCUUCGACUUCCCCUCAACGAGUAACUUUGGAUCCACAGAAGAAUUCUUUUUGACAACAAAUCCAGAUGCUUCUGGCUCUGCACCCACACGGGCUCCACCAUCGGUUCCUGUCCUCUUGUCUCCUCCAAUUUUGACUAAUUUAGCAAUGUCAGAAUCUUUUCAUUCUCGACAUGAGGAAGAGGAGUUAACCGUAGAUGACAUUGAUGACUUUGAGGACGUGGAUGAAGAUAUUGAUAAUGUGACGAGCUUAAGGCGAAAAUCAAAAGAUUUUAGUGACCUAAUGUUGGGUUUGCCUUCUUUUUCAACUGGUAUAACGGAUGAUGAUCUUCGUGAAAGUGCUUAUGAAAUUCUAGUAGCUUGUGCUGGUGCUGCAGGUGGUUUGAUAGUGCCAUAUAAUGAAAAAAAGAAAGAGUCAAAGAAAACCAGAUUGAUGAAGAAACUUGCUCGCAGUAAGAUCGAUAGUGUUGCAUCCCAUUCACAACAAGCUCAUGGGUUGGUUGGUUUGCUGGAAGUUAUGCGUGCUCAGCUUGAGAUUUCGGAGUCAAUGGACAUCAGAACAAGGCAGGGGUUGCUUAAUGCUCUUGUAGGCAAAGUUGGUAAAAGAAUGGAUAACUUUUUGAUUCCAAUGGAACUGCUGUGUUGUGUUUCGAGAACGGAAUUCUCUGAUAUGAAAGCAUAUCUUCGCUGGCAAAAGCGACAGUUGAAUAUGUUAGAAGAAGGUCUCAUAAAUCAUCCUGUGGUGGGAUUUGGGGAAUUAGGACGCAAAGUAAAUGAACUACGAAUUCUUCUUAGAAAGAUUGAGGAGUCUGAGUCUCUUCCACCGUCAGCUGCUGAAAUUCAACGCAUAGAAUUCCUUAGGUCAUUAAGAGACAUAUCCACCGCACUUGCAGAGAGGCCUGCUCGUGGUGAUUUAGUUGGCGAAGUCUGCCACUGGGCGGAUGGCUAUCCGCUUAAUGUCAAAAUUUAUGAGAAAAUGCUCUGCAGUGUUUUUGAUGUCCUAGAUGAAGGAAAGUUUACAGAGGAAGUUGAAGAAAUCCUCGAGUUUCUGAGGUCAACUUGGCGUAUUUUAGGGAUUACAGAGUCCAUUCAUAACACAUGCUAUGCAUGGGUAUUAUUUCGGCAGUUUGUUAUCACAGGGGAACAGACACUCCUACAAAUUGUGGCCGAGCACUUAAGGAAGAUUCCAUCGAAGGAGCAGAGGAGUCCGCAAGAAAGAUUACAUUUGAAAAGUCUUUGUUGUUUAGUUGAAUUGGACGAGAGGUCUCAAAAGCUUACAUUUCUGCAGUCUUUCUUGUCUCCAGUUCAGAGAUGGGCUGAUAAGAAGCUUGGGGACUACCAUUUGCAUUUCUCUGAGGAGCCAGCAAUGAUGGCUGAGUUAACAACUGUGGCAAUGAUCACUCGAAAAAUUUUAGUAGAAGAAAAUGAAGAAGUGCUGGAACUGGAUGAACAAGAAUGGAUUGAUGCUUAUAUUUCAUCUUCUAUUAAAUGCGCUUUUACAAGGAUCACCCAUUCUGUUGAAGCUAAGUUGGAAACAACACAUGAACAUGCCUUGGCCUGUCUUGCUGAAGAAAACAAAAAACUUCUGAAGAAAGAGUCGAAUACAUUCUCUCCUAUUUUAUCACGUUGGCAUCCACAUGCAGCAAUUAUUUCUGCAUGUCUUCUCCACAAACUUUACGGUCAUAAAUUGAAACCAUUUCUUGAUCGUGCUGAACAUCUUACAGAGGAUGUUGUCUCUGUGUUUCCUGCUGCUGAAAGCUUUGAGCAGUAUGUGAUUAUGGUGAUUGGUUCUGCUUGUGCAGAAUCGGAUUUGGAUGACUACUGCAAAAUUAAAUUUGUUCCAGCUCAGGUUGAAACAACAUCUGGCAUGUUGGUCUUGAGGUGGAUGAACUCACAACUGAAGCAGAUUGCUGGUUGGAUUGAACGGAUGAUUGGACAAGAGGUUUGGGUUCCUAUUUCAGCUCAUCAACGCCAUGGGAGAUCAAUUGUUGAAGUUUACAGUAUCAUCGAGGAGACUGUUGACCAUUUUUUUGCUCUUAAAGUGCCCAUGAGGACUGGAGAACUUGAAAGCCUUUGUCGUGGCCUUGACAAUGCAUUUCAAGUUUAUAAUGGUCAUGUUGUUCAGCAGAUAGCUGAUAAAGAAGAUUUGAUACCUUCUGUUCCUGUCCUCACUCGAUACAAAAGGGAAAUUGGAAUAAAGGCCUUUGUGAGGAAGGAAGUUGCAGAUGUGAAAUCAACAAAUGAGAGAAAUUUCAAUCAAAUUAACCGACUUACAACUCAAAAUCUGUGUGUGCGAUUGAAUACCCUUUAUUAUGCAGUCACGGCGUUAAACAAAUUGGAAGAUAGCAUUCAAGAGCGUUGGACCAUGAAGAAGAAUGAGAACUGUAACAUUAAACGCUCCAUCAGUGACAACUCAGGAAGCUUUGCAUACCAAAAGAAUGCAUUUGAUGGGUGUAGAAAAGAUAUGAAUGCUGCAAUUGAUAGAAUUUGCGAGUUUACUGGGACAAAGAUAAUCUUCUGGGAUUUAAGGGAGCCUUUUAUUAGCAACUUAUACAGACCUAGUGUGACGGAAUCCAGGCUAGAGCUGCUCAUGGAAUCUUUUGAUUUGGUUCUGAAUGAGCUUUGUGAUGUCAUCGUGGAUCCACUUAGAGAUCGUGUUGUGACUGGGCUUCUUCAGGCAUCCAUAGAUGGUUUGGUUAGAGUGCUACUCGAUGGGGGUCCUUCUCGUAUCUUUCUUGCUGCGGAUGCCAAGUUUCUAGAGGACGAUCUUCAAAUAUUGAAGGAGUUCUUCAUAUCGGGCGGAGAUGGGUUACCUCGAGGAACUGUUGAAAAUCUCGUCGCUCGUGUUCGUCCAAUAAUUAAUUUGAUAAGCUUGGAGACACGUGUGCUGAUUGAGGACCUUAGAGAAGUGAGUCAAGGAGGCAGAAGCAGAUUCGGAGCUGAUUCAAAGACUCUUCUGAGGGUUCUCUGCCACAGGAGCGACUCCGAGGCCUCUCAUUUCCUCAAGAAGCAAUUUAAAAUUCCCAAAUCGGCUGCUUAAUGUUUUGCAAAUCAGAGGAGCCUCAGAGACGAGUUUUUCCUCUAUUGUUUCCUUUCUUAAGGAAUUAUUAUUAUUAUUAUUGCAUUUAAAUGCUUCCCUGCUUGAACUUUGGUUGCUCCUGGAAAAAUGAUUGUUUUAGCGCAUUUAUUUAGAUCCGAGUUAUGAGUAAUUUACUAUGUUUAUCUACAAACAAGUUUGAUAGAUAUAGUCAUAUUGUACCAAAAUAGGGAAA